AUGGGUCUAGUGCGUCCGGUGGACUUGAAAGUGCAGCCGGUGCCGUAUCAGGUCCGAUACGAGGUUCUGCAAAAGAUUGUAAAGACCCUGGAAAGGUUUGAGAGCGCCUCUGGUGAUACUGGUAGAAGAGCAGUUGAGAUGGAGGCAAGCGUGGCGCGAAAAAGCGGAUCUGGGCAGAGCUACCGGUUCAACGCGAGUGUUCUGCUGCGGGACCUGCUGAAAACCAAGGGUAAGCUGCCGCAGGAGUCGGCAGCGGGUGGAAGAGUCAAACGGGUAGGAACGACGAUAAAACUCACCAGAAGCGACGCGAUGCGGCUUUUGGAGGGCGCUGUGGUCGAUGAAGCAAUUCUGGCGGAGAAUGGGUACAAUACGGGCAAGCUGGAGCGCGAGGUGGAGGACCUACAGCUUUCUAGUGCUGGUCACAAAUACACAAGCUGCAUACGUUGCAAUACCAAGUUCGAUCGACUUCAGAUCAUGAGCCCGGCAACCUGUCGCUUUCACGUCCAGCGUAAACGGUACAACCGGGACACCCGCGAAGGUGAAUAUGCCUGCUGUGGCGAAACCACAUCUUCUACUUCGUUCUUGGCCCUGGGUUGCAAGACGCUGCCUCACCACGUAUUCCGUUCCGAGACCUUCGACGCCAUGUCUCAAAUCUCACCUUUUAAAAGCACCGCCGACAUUCAAGGUGAUGCCAACGUUUUGGCGCUGGACUGCGAGAUGGCGUUUACGUCACUUGGCUAUGAAUUGAUUAGACUCACCGUGGUUGAUUUCUUCACUAGCAAACUUGUGUUUGACGAAAUUGUACGGCCCUUUGGAGAAGUUAUAGAUUUGAACUCAGAGUUCAGUGGUGUUCACGCUAUCGAGGAUCAUAAAUCCAUAACUUUUGCCGAGAUGUUAACACAAGUGCUAAGCAAGUCCAUGAUCAACGGGAAUAGUAUCUUGAUUGGACACGGUAUGGAAAAUGAUUUAAACGUACUGCGUUUAAUCCACCGAAAAGUAAUAGAUACGGCUAUCCUGUAUCCUCGAGGGAAGUUCAAAUCGUCUUUAAAAGAUUUGGCGUUUGAAGUGGUGAGCAAAAGAAUUCAGUCGGGUGAGCAUGACAGUUCUGAAGAUGCAAUAGCCACUAUGUGCGUUUUAAAAGCAAAGUUGGAAAUUCCACUAAGCCAGACCAUCUGGGACUGA